AUGUCUUCCGUCGUAAUCAUCCUGCCUACCAUCGGCGCCGACCUCGCCAUCCCGCCGAGCGCCCAACAGAUCGUCGUCUCCAUCUACAACAUCUCGGUAGGGUGCGUCAUGCUCCCGUGGGGCCGUAUCGCCGACGUCUACGGCCACCAUCCGGUGUUUCUGACUGGGUCAACGCUGUUCACGCUGUCGACGCUCUGCCUCCCCUUCGCGACGGGGGAGAUCGCGUUUUAUGUCCUGCGUGCGCUGCAGGGGGUGAGCGGUGCGGCAAUGAUUCCCUCGGGGUUGGGGACCAUCGCGACGACGUUUGCGCCUGGAGCGGCGCGGAAUCGGGGGUUCGUCGCGGUGGCAGCGGUGGCGUCGUUGGGAUCCAUCUUGGGGAACCUGGCGGGCGGGCUAGUAGGGGGCUAUUUGUCCUGGAAAUGGGUCUUCUGGAUUUCGACGAUUGUAGGAGCGUUCACGACCGCGCUCGAUGUCGACUGGCUCGGUGCGGCCAUCAUUUCGACCAGUUUGCUUCUACUCCUUUUGGCUUUGAGCCAGGGAAAUGUCAUCGGUUGGUCGACGGCUUGGAUUCCUCCGUUGAUUGUACUCGCUGUCAUUCUGCUUAUUGUCUUUUUCUUCUGGCAGCGCCGUUCAGAGCGAGGUUCGAGCCGGCCACCUCUUUUACGGGUGUCCAUGUUUAAGAAUGUCCGGUUCUCCGCUCUGUUCAUAAUGGUCGGGUGUUUUUCGCGUCAGGCUAAAUCCCCCAACUCUAGUUAUCAGAGCUAUCUCGGAUUGAGCGAGCUGCAAACAACUUUGCGCUUUCUCGCUGCCGGUAUCUCAGGCGGUAAGAUAAUUCUUCAAUCCCCCCACCCUUCCACCCCCGCUUCUAACCUCACACCUCCUUCCCCCGUUCCUCUUCGUCCUCCCCCCAUCCCCCCCACCACCACCUACUGGGCCCACGGCUUCCCCGCCAUGCUCCUCUGCUUCACCGUCGAGGUCAUCUGGCCCGUCGCCAGCCUCGUCAUCGCCAGGGAACUUCCGCACGAUGAUCAGGCGCUUGGGAGCGCGCUGCUGAUGACGUCGAACUUCGUCGGGCGCGCGCUGGAGUUGGCGGUCGCGACAGCGGCGCAGACGGGGGUGCAGAGAGGGGGGGUGGGGAAAGUUGGGGACGGUGGCCUGCUGGGUGGCCUGCGUGGGGGGCAGUGGGUUAAUGUUGGGCUGGCGGUUGCGGCGUUAGGGAUUGCGUUGGGGUUUUUUCGGGGGCUAGGACGGCAGUGAGGGGGUUAGUUAUGGGAUGGGAGAAUGUGGUGGGCGGGAAAAAGGGGUAUUUCUUGGUUGUUUAUCAUAUUUCCUACUACAAGUAGAUAAAGGUUUUAUUUCUGGCUGGUUUACCAGAAUCAAGGUCUUCAGUUCGAACUCAUCAACCGAUCAUGACCAAUUGUAAAACUGUGACAACGGACACUCAUCCCGCGUCUGAUAUAAGUCUGGAUGCCCGGAGUUUGAGGGAUGAUCAGGGGGUCAGCCAGUCUGUGCUGGUGC